AUGAAGCUGUCCAUUCUUACAAUCGGGGCCGCCGCCCUUGCCGGCCAGGCCGCGGCUUUCCACGGCAGCUUGGCCGCCACUCCCUACCUUCGCGAUUCAAGUGGAUUGCACCAGGAGCUCUUUGUACAAGACUACCUCACCGGCUCAAUGUGGUCAGCACGUCUUGACGGAGGAUUUGACGCUUGCACCGGUGGCCAGAAGUGCUGGGUCUCACUCCUUGAGGCAGGCGACGAUAACUAUAGCUUUGCCGUACAAGUCUGGAGGACUGACGACGGUUGCCAUAAUAUCGACUUUGAAGGCUACCUUGAUGCUCAUCAUGGAUUUUGCUGUGGUUCCUUGCCUUGUGAUAUCUGGGCUUAA